UCGUGUGGCUGCCGUCGAUCAUCGUGCGUGUUCCAGCUAAGGAAGAAAUCAACACAACGGAGAAAUGAUUUGGUAGCUGGUCGUUUGAGGAAAAUAAAAAAAGAGGCUGCAGUCGACGUGAAGAAAUUGCCUCUGGAGUGAAGGCAGUAAGUUGCGAGGCACCAUGGCAGCUACCUUCCCCUAUAGAGGAGGCCCUCCAGGGAUCCCACCAGGUGUACCCCCUCCUGCACAGGUCCCAGACUUCAUGUCUGAGGAAAAACUGCAAGAGAAAGCAAGGAAAUGGCAGCAGUUGCAGGCAAAGCGCUACUCAGAAAAGAGAAAGUUUGGCUUUGUGGAUGCGCAGAAGGAAGACAUGCCACCUGAACAUGUCCGCAAGAUCAUCAGGGACCAUGGAGACAUGACCAACAGAAAGUUUCGUCAUGACAAGAGGGUCUACCUCGGUGCCCUCAAGUACAUGCCCCAUGCAGUGUUGAAGCUGCUGGAGAACAUGCCUAUGCCCUGGGAGCAGAUCCGAGAUGUGCCUGUCCUGUACCACAUCACAGGAGCCAUUUCCUUUGUUAAUGAAAUCCCUUGGGUUAUUGAGCCGGUCUACAUUGCUCAGUGGGGCACCAUGUGGAUCAUGAUGCGUCGUGAGAAGCGUGAUCGUCGACACUUCAAAAGGAUGCGCUUUCCACCAUUUGAUGAUGAGGAGCCGCCGCUGGACUACGCUGACAACAUCCUUGAUGUGGAACCACUGGAGGCCAUUCAGAUGGAGCUGGACCCCGAGGAGGAUGGCUCAGUGGUGGAGUGGUUCUAUGAACACCAGCCCCUCAAAGACACUGCCAAGUUUGUAAAUGGCACCACCUACCGUCGCUGGCAGUUCACACUGCCCAUGAUGUCCACACUGUACCGACUAGCCAACCAGCUGCUGACAGACUUGGUGGAUUUCAACUACUUUUAUCUGUUUGACCUCAAGGCUUUCUUCACUUCCAAGGCCUUAAAUAUGGCCAUCCCUGGAGGACCUAAGUUUGAGCCCCUGGUCCGUGACAUUAACCUCCAGGAUGAAGACUGGAAUGAGUUCAAUGACAUCAACAAGAUCAUCAUCAGACAGCCCAUCAGGACAGAGUACAAAAUCGCAUUCCCGUACCUGUACAACAACUUGCCACACCACGUCCACCUCACCUGGUACCACACACCCAAUGUGGUGUUUAUCAAGACAGAGGAUCCAGAUCUUCCAGCGUUCUACUUUGACCCGCUGAUCAACCCCAUUUCACACAGACAUUCUGUCAAGAGUCAAGAGCCCCUGCCUGAUGACGAUGAAGAGUUUGAGCUAGCUGAGUAUGUGGAGCCCUUCCUCAAGGAGACCCCACUCUACACAGACAACACUGCCAAUGGCAUUGCUCUGCUGUGGGCGCCAAGACCCUUCAACCUCCGCUCCGGCCGCACAAGAAGAGCCAUUGAUAUCCCCCUGAUCAAGAACUGGUACCGUGAGCAUUGCCCUGCUGGACAGCCAGUGAAGGUGCGUGUGUCAUACCAGAAACUGCUCAAGUACUAUGUGCUCAACGCUCUCAAACACAGACCACCCAAGGCCCAGAAGAAGAGGUAUCUAUUCCGCUCCUUCAAGGCAACAAAGUUCUUUCAGUCCACCAAGUUGGACUGGGUUGAGGUGGGCCUGCAGGUUUGCAGACAGGGUUACAACAUGCUCAAUCUGCUUAUCCACCGUAAGAACCUGAACUACCUACAUCUUGACUACAACUUCAACCUGAAGCCCGUCAAGACACUGACAACCAAGGAGCGUAAAAAGUCCCGAUUCGGUAAUGCCUUCCACUUGUGCAGAGAGGUGCUGCGUCUCAGCAAGCUGGUGGUGGACAGCCAUGUGCAGUACAGACUGGGAAACGUUGAUGCCUUCCAGUUGGCUGAUGGACUGCAGUACAUCUUCGCUCAUGUGGGGCAACUGACCGGCAUGUACCGCUACAAGUACAAGCUGAUGAGACAAAUCCGCAUGUGCAAAGAUCUGAAGCAUCUAAUCUACUACCGGUUUAACACUGGUCCUGUGGGCAAGGGACCAGGAUGUGGCUUCUGGGCUCCCGGUUGGAGAGUGUGGUUGUUCUUCAUGAGGGGCAUCACUCCACUGUUGGAGAGGUGGCUGGGAAAUCUGCUGGCCAGGCAGUUUGAAGGACGUCACUCCAAGGGUGUUGCCAAGACAGUGACCAAACAGCGUGUGGAAUCUCACUUUGACCUGGAGCUGCGUGCAGCUGUGAUGCACGACAUCUUGGACAUGAUGCCCGAGGGAAUCAAACAGAACAAGGCCAGAACCAUCCUGCAGCACCUGAGUGAGUCCUGGAGGUGCUGGAAGGCCAACAUCCCCUGGAAGGUGCCAGGCCUGCCCACUCCCAUUGAGAACAUGAUCCUGCGCUACGUUAAGGCCAAAGCAGACUGGUGGACUAACACGGCCCAUUACAACCGUGAGCGUAUCCGUCGUGGAGCCACUGUGGACAAAACGGUCUGCAAGAAGAACCUGGGAAGACUGACCCGUCUGUAUCUGAAAGCUGAGCAGGAGAGACAGCACAACUACCUGAAGGACGGCCCCUACAUCACAGCUGAAGAGGCGGUUGCCAUUUACACCACCACUGUUCACUGGCUGGAGAGUCGGCGGUUCUCACCCAUCCCCUUCCCUCCACUGUCCUACAAACACGACACCAAGCUGCUCAUCCUGGCUCUGGAAAGACUCAAGGAGGCAUACAGUGUGAAGUCUCGUCUGAACCAGUCUCAGAGGGAAGAGCUCGGGCUGAUAGAGCAGGCUUACGACAAUCCUCACGAAGCUCUGUCCAGGAUCAAACGUCACCUGCUCACUCAGAGAGCCUUCAAAGAGGUUGGUAUUGAGUUCAUGGACCUGUACAGCCAUCUGGUGCCAGUGUAUGACGUAGAGCCCCUGGAGAAGAUCACUGACGCCUACCUCGACCAGUAUCUGUGGUAUGAAGCAGACAAGAGACGCCUGUUCCCACCUUGGAUCAAACCUGCCGACACUGAACCCCCACCGCUGCUUGUCUACAAGUGGUGCCAAGGCAUCAACAACUUGCAGGACGUUUGGGAGACUGCGGAGGGAGAAUGUAACGUGAUGCUGGAGUCCCGCUAUGAGAAGAUGUACGAGAAGAUUGAUCUGACGUUGCUCAACAGGCUGCUGCGUCUUAUCGUUGACCACAACAUUGCUGAUUACAUGACGGCCAAGAACAACGUGGUCAUCAACUACAAGGACAUGAAUCACACAAACUCAUACGGUAUCAUCAGGGGGCUGCAGUUUGCCUCGUUCAUUGUACAGUACUACGGCCUGGUGAUGGACCUGCUGGUGCUGGGCCUGCACCGUGCCAGUGAGAUGGCCGGACCACCCCAGAUGCCCAACGACUUCCUCAGCUUCCAGGACAUACCCACAGAGAGCGCCCAUCCAAUCCGGCUGUACUGUCGCUACAUCGACCGUAUCCACAUCUUCUUCAGGUUCUCUGCUGACGAGGCCAGGGACCUCAUUCAGAGGUAUCUAACUGAGCACCCAGACCCCAACAACGAGAACAUUGUGGGUUAUAACAACAAGAAGUGCUGGCCUCGUGAUGCCCGCAUGAGACUGAUGAAGCACGACGUCAACCUUGGACGUGCAGUCUUCUGGGACAUCAAGAACCGCUUGCCGAGAUCAGUGACCACAGUCCAGUGGGAGAACAGCUUUGUGUCGGUUUACAGCAAAGACAACCCCAACCUACUCUUCAACAUGUGUGGCUUUGAGUGCCGCAUCCUGCCCAAGUGUCGCACCAGCUACGAGGAGUUCACUCACAAGGACGGCGUCUGGAACCUGCAGAACGAGGUAACCAAAGAGAGGACAGCGCAGUGUUUCCUGCGUGUGGACGAUGAAUCAAUGCAGCGUUUCCACAACCGAGUGCGUCAGAUCCUGAUGGCCUCCGGAUCCACCACAUUCACAAAGAUUGUGAACAAAUGGAACACGGCUCUGAUCGGCCUGAUGACGUACUUCCGUGAAGCAGUCGUCAACACUCAGGAGCUCCUGGAUCUGCUGGUCAAGUGUGAGAACAAGAUCCAGACACGUAUCAAGAUCGGCCUUAACUCCAAAAUGCCCAGUCGUUUCCCCCCUGUGGUCUUCUACACUCCCAAAGAGUUGGGUGGCCUCGGCAUGUUGUCCAUGGGCCACGUGCUGAUUCCACAGUCAGACCUGCGGUGGUCUAAGCAGACAGAUGUGGGCAUCACCCACUUCAGGUCUGGAAUGAGCCAUGAAGAGGACCAGCUGAUUCCUAACUUGUACCGUUACAUUCAGCCGUGGGAGAGCGAGUUCAUUGACUCCCAGAGGGUCUGGGCUGAGUACGCCCUCAAGAGACAGGAAGCCAUUGCUCAGAACCGACGUCUGACUCUGGAGGAUUUGGAGGACUCGUGGGACAGAGGAAUCCCGCGUAUCAACACACUUUUCCAGAAGGACAGACACACACUGGCUUAUGACAAAGGCUGGAGAGUCAGGACAGAUUUCAAACAGUACCAGGUGCUGAAGCAGAAUCCAUUCUGGUGGACCCACCAGAGGCACGACGGAAAACUGUGGAACCUGAACAACUACCGCACAGACAUGAUCCAGGCUCUUGGCGGUGUGGAGGGCAUCCUGGAGCACACGCUCUUCAAAGGCACUUAUUUCCCUACCUGGGAGGGUCUCUUCUGGGAGAAGGCCAGCGGCUUUGAGGAGUCCAUGAAGUGGAAGAAGCUGACCAAUGCCCAGAGGUCUGGUCUCAACCAAAUCCCCAACCGUCGCUUCACACUUUGGUGGUCGCCCACAAUCAACAGAGCCAACGUGUACGUGGGUUUCCAGGUGCAGCUUGACCUGACUGGUAUUUUCAUGCACGGCAAAAUCCCCACACUGAAGAUCUCCCUCAUUCAGAUCUUUAGGGCUCACUUGUGGCAGAAGAUUCACGAGAGCAUUGUUAUGGAUCUCUGUCAGGUGUUUGACCAGGAGCUGGAUGCUCUUGAGAUUGAGACUGUGCAGAAGGAGACCAUUCACCCCAGGAAGUCAUACAAGAUGAACUCGUCCUGUGCUGACAUCCUCCUCUUUGCAUCAUACAAGUGGAACGUCUCUCGGCCAUCUCUGCUUGCUGACUCAAAAGAUGUGAUGGACAGCACCACCACACAGAAGUACUGGAUUGACAUUCAGCUGCGCUGGGGAGACUAUGACUCACAUGACAUCGAGCGCUACGCCAGGGCCAAGUUCCUGGACUACACCACAGACAACAUGAGUAUCUACCCCUCCCCAACAGGAGUGCUCAUUGCUAUCGACCUGGCUUACAAUCUCCACAGUGCUUAUGGUAACUGGUUCCCUGGAAGCAAGCCUCUGAUCCAACAGGCCAUGGCCAAGAUCAUGAAGGCCAACCCUGCCCUGUAUGUGCUCAGAGAGCGCAUCCGCAAAGGUCUGCAGCUGUACUCCUCAGAGCCCACUGAGCCGUACCUGUCCUCACAGAACUACGGUGAACUCUUCUCCAACCAGAUCAUCUGGUUCGUAGAUGACACCAAUGUCUACAGAGUCACCAUCCACAAGACCUUUGAGGGUAACUUGACCACGAAGCCCAUCAAUGGAGCCAUUUUCAUCUUCAACCCCAGAACCGGACAGCUCUUCCUGAAGAUCAUUCACACCUCUGUGUGGGCUGGACAGAAACGUCUGGGACAGUUGGCCAAAUGGAAGACAGCUGAAGAAGUAGCUGCCCUGAUUCGCUCCCUGCCUGUUGAAGAGCAGCCGAAACAGAUCAUUGUAACCAGAAAGGGCAUGCUGGACCCUCUGGAGGUCCACUUGCUCGACUUCCCCAACAUUGUGAUCAAGGGCUCAGAGUUGCAGCUGCCCUUCCAGGCCUGUCUGAAGGUGGAGAAGUUUGGAGACCUCAUCCUGAAAGCGACAGAGCCUCAGAUGGUGCUGUUCAAUCUGUAUGAUGACUGGCUCAAGACCAUCUCGUCUUACACAGCCUUCUCCCGACUCAUCCUGAUCCUCAGAGCGCUCCAUGUCAACAACGACCGCGCCAAGGUGAUCCUGAAACCUGACAAGACAACCAUCACUGAGCCACAUCACAUUUGGCCCACUCUCACUGACGAGGAAUGGAUCAAGGUGGAAGUCCAACUCAAAGACCUCAUUCUGGCUGACUAUGGCAAAAAGAACAAUGUGAACGUGGCCUCUCUGACCCAGUCGGAAAUCCGUGACAUCAUCCUUGGUAUGGAGAUCUCCGCUCCGUCACAGCAGCGUCAGCAAAUCGCUGAAAUUGAGAAGCAGACCAAAGAGCAGUCGCAGCUCACAGCCACACAGACCCGCACUGUGAACAAGCACGGUGACGAGAUCAUCACCUCCACCACCUCAAACUACGAGACUCAGACCUUCUCCUCCAAGACCGAAUGGAGGGUCAGGGCCAUAUCUGCUGCCAACCUCCAUCUCCGUACCAACCACAUCUACGUGUCAUCUGAUGACAUCAAGGAGACGGGCUACACCUACAUCCUGCCCAAGAACGUCCUAAAGAAGUUUAUCUGCAUCUCAGAUCUGCGAGCACAGAUCGCAGGAUACCUCUACGGUACCAGUCCACCAGACAACCCCCAGGUGAAGGAGAUCCGCUGUAUCGUCAUGGUACCACAGUGGGGGACUCACCAAACUGUCCACCUGCCCAACCAGCUGCCUGGACAUGAAUACCUUAAAGAGAUGGAGCCCCUCGGCUGGAUCCACACACAGCCUAAUGAAUCACCCCAGCUGUCCCCCCAGGAUGUCACCACCCAUGCUAAGGUCAUGGCUGACAACCCCUCUUGGGAUGGAGAGAAGACCAUCAUCAUCACUUGCAGCUUCACACCAGGUUCCUGCACACUCACAGCCUACAAGCUGACACCCAGCGGAUACGAGUGGGGGCGACAGAACACCGACAAGGGCAACAACCCUAAAGGUUACCUGCCAUCCCACUACGAGAGAGUACAGAUGUUGCUUUCUGAUCGUUUCCUGGGCUUCUUCAUGGUCCCUGGUCAAGUCUCCUGGAAUUACAACUUCAUGGGUGUGCGUCACGACCCCAACAUGAAAUACGACCUGCAGCUCGCCAACCCCAAGGAGUUCUACCACGAAGUCCACCGGCCCUCACACUUCCUAAACUUCGCCUCACUGCAGGAGGGUGAGAUCUAUAACGCCGACCGCGAGGACAUGUUCGGCUGAGCGCGGGUGGACGUUUCUGCUCUUGACGCAUUUUGUAGA